UGUAGAAAAUGUGGCCACGCGUCUGGGGGAUUGUUUAUUGUUAGUGUUUUCAUCCUGACGCUAUGACAACUCAACCGGCGCACCUGCUCCACGGUGAAGCUGUAUCACUGAAGCACGGUGCCACUUACGUCCUGCUCAGGUUUAUUCCGUUUCUUAAGUUGAUUCCGAUGUCGUGGCCAGAUGACACAUACGCUCAGACACAGCAGUUGUAUCCAGAUCCUCAAAAUGUGCAGAUAAUUCAGCAACCCAUUUCCCAGCAGCCCACCACUGUCUUACAGCAGAUUCCAUCAGCAGUGCCGUCUCCAGUGCCUGCCGUUCGCCCAGGACAUGUGAAGGAAGACCUGGUAGAGCUGAUGAUGAUCCAGGAUACUCAAAUGCACCAGGUCAUCAUGAACAACAUGACCAUGUCGGCUCUCAGUGCAUUCGGCUACUCCCAGACUGCACCUGGCCCAGAAACUCUUAGCCACCCAGUGAUUGUUGACGAUGAGGAUCCAGAGGUGUACCACCACCAUUAUCCACCUGCCUCAGUCCCCACCUACCCCGGAUGGAUGCCCCUGCCCCGAACCCACCCGCAGCCCACCAUUGUGUACCAGGAUCCAGUCAAGCACCAGGAACCCGGCCCUUCCUCCCGCAGGGACAGGCUGUCCCACCACCACCCCCACCCAGCGCCACUGGCACUGUGGGGGCUGAUGUCCCACCUGCUGCAGGUACCCAAUCACAGGCAUCCACUCCCUAACCUCCAGAUUUACACAGAUCAAUGGGCCUACUGAUAAGUACUAUGACGCAGAGAUGAGGCUCUGAAAAACAUGGACCUGAGGUCAAAGGUCACAGAUGACAGCACCUGCAGCUCUGGCAUUCAGGCAUGCCUGCCAGCGAUGAUGUCACUUCAUAGGACCUUUAGCAUACAUCAUUUGUAAUAUCAGCCAUGGAAAAGGAAAAAGUAUAUGUGAUUUAUGCAGUUAAGCUGUUUAAGUAUACCAGUGUUUUUUUUAAAACAGAUGAACAGUAAAACACACUGUUUCCCUCUUUACAGUGGUAAUGUGGUGUCUGCAUCAUUGUAUUUUUUAUGAUAACAUGGUAAGAUUUUUUACUGCAGUAAAAAUGGCACUUGGAUUUUUGGAAUUAUUUCUUACUCUGUGGUUGUCAUUGAGCUCCCUAAAUGACUGUGUAUAGGACUAGUUCUGAUUUAGACAUAGUUGCAUUCUGUAUAAUAAACCGUAUAGCUUUCAUCUGACUUAAAGUGAAAAAGGCUGCUAAAAAUGUACUUUUAACUUUUGGCAAUGGCCACCAACUUGAUUUCAGUUAUAUUCAAUUUCAGCCACUAGAUGCCACUCUCUGUAAAGCCACAAUUUUCUGUGUGAGACAACUGAGAUAAGUUAAUACACCUGCGCUGUUUCUCCAAAUGUAAUUUCAUGAUACACAUAAUUUGCACUUGAAAAUAAAAGCAUGAAAAUUGGGAGAUCCAAGGGAGAUCCUACAACGUUAAAAUUGUGCCCCAACAAUUCAUAAACAGAAACUGAGUAAAUAAAUUUAAAUUUGCCACCUAUUGUUUGCCAAUUGACCUAAACGGUACUUAAAUUACCUCUUAAUAGCAUGAAAUUGGUCAUAAAUGUCCCUUGCUUGAUCAUAAGACAUCAUGAAAUGGGUGCCCAAACAUAUCAUAAACAGGUAGUGUUUUUGAACUAAUUAAAAAUGGCUGCCUAAUUCGUUGUUCAUUCUGGGAGCCUUUAGCACCAUUAGCACCGUCAAGUACAUUAAAUCAUAAUGUUUCUACAUUUAGUCCGUCGCUAAUUAUGCUAUGUGCCCAGAGUUACAGCCUUACUUGAGUUCUUUGCUUUGGAUUUGUUGCUGGAAUGCUUCCCGGUUUCCAGUGGCAAAUCUAUAGGAUGCGUGGCUCUCCUGGUUUUUCUCUGACCACUGCUAAUCAUGUAGGAGCGCCUCGGAGUGCCUUGUUCAUAGACAUGCAUAUUUAACUAGACAGGCGAGCAUGCCGACAAGUUAACCUAAGCAUGUGAAGUCCUGGAAGUAAGCCUGUCCUGCGUGAGUUAAGGGUAAAACAUUUGGCGCUCCCAUUAAAGUGAAUGGGGAAUAUCAAACUUUUGAAGUCAAAAUAAAACGU